AGCGUCGUCCUUUUCGCCGUCAUAGGUGUUAUGGCGAAAGAGAUUAAUAUUCCUGUUGAGAAUGUUGUUAAGUCAGGCAUGUCAAUCGGUAUGGUCGGUUACAGUCGGGCACUGACUUACCUCCCAGCGCCUUAUAUCUGGGCAGUGAUGUUUUUCUUCGCUAUCACUAUUGUCGGAAUUGACGCACAGGUUGUUUGUACGGAGACCGUGGUGUCUUGUAUGGAAGGAUUUAGUUCAAGAUUAGGUCGACACAGGCACCUUAUUCUUGUGAUUCUGGUCAGCCUUUUCUCGUUUCUCGGCAACCUCCCAUUUUGCACACAGGCGGGCCCGUACAUGUUCCAGUUUGUUGAUUGGUAUUGGCCAACUUGGUCGGUGUUAGUGAUAGCUCUUCUAGAGGUUAUCGCCAUUAUGUGGUUUUAUGGAGGUGAUCGUAUUGACUAUGGAUUAAAAGACAUGAAUGGACGAAAAAUGCCACAUUUGUUCCGACUUGUAGCAGCAUAUAUAUCACCUGUCCUGUUCCUGUUCCUGCUCCUGACAAGUUUUGUCAUGUACCAGUCACCAAAGUACGGUUCAUACGAAUACCCGGAUGACACGCGCGUCAUUGGCUGGGCGCUUUCGUUUACAGUUGUCAUUCCCAUACCUCUUUACAUCGUCUGGCAAUUCGCCAAAUUACAAGGGACACUAAAACAGAGAUGGUCAAUUCUCACACAGCCGAGUAGUGCUUGGGGUCCUAGCGAUAGUGCCCAUCGGCUAGAGUACCUGGAGCGGUCACAGGCUGAGCGGUCACUGACAGAUAUUGCUUACUACAAUUUGACUGGUAGACAGAGAUACCCUUCAAAGAAGCACUGUGAAACUGUGGCACUGCAAUGUACUGACUAAGAAACAAACUUACAGUGUUCUA